AUGGGCCUUUUUGGUGAUGUUCGUUCAGUGAAAGGAUAUGUUCCUGUCGACUAUGACACACAUGUGACGGGAGAAACGCAAGGAGGCUGCCACAAGUUCGAAAUUCCUAGAAGAGUAACUUCAACGUCGAAGAAACCAGGUGACUCCUUUCAAUUUCAUGGCGAUCCUCGUAUAUUGUGUUACUUCCAAAGCCUUGGCGCCGCACACUCCAGAGGUUUUUCGGCAACAACGGAGCACUGGUAUAUCUGCAUCAGCUCGUCCCCGGCGAAUCCCUAUCGGCUUAACCACGAAGUCUUGGGGCAUCAACUCGCCGAUAAGAAGAGCAACACAAAUCCCAGCGGUCGGUGGAGACCCCGGAGAACUGCUACGAGCCAAUCUCCCAAUACCCGCUUUUCUUCAUGGGUCACGUGGCUUGUUGGUGCCUUCUUUCUUGCAGCACCUGCUUACUGGCGAUUCAGAGCACUGGAAGAUAAGGCGGAGCAAACAGCAGAGGCAACAAUCGAGAUGGUCGAGAAGGUUGCGGAGGCGGCGGAGAGAAUCGCCGACGACGUCUCUGAAGCGUUUCCCGGUAAUGAAAGACUCAAGAAGGUAGCAUCCAGUGUCAAAGCCGUGGCAGAUGAGAUCGAGAAGGAUAUGGACAAAGCCGAGGCCAUACUCCAUAAGGUUAGGCCAAGUCAACUGCCAACUGCAGUAAUUUGUUACUUCCACGUUUGUCUUUCCGUUAUUCCGUGGUACCUCCGCGUUCAAAUUAUGGCAGUUAAUGGUGUCACUGUACUGGCUUAACUAGUCACUGUACUGGCUUAACUAGUCACUGUACUGGCUUAACUAGCUCAUGGUACACGUUGCCUGUUGUUCAUUGCUUUAUGCAAGAAUUGAAAGGCUAAGCAUGUCAGUAUGAUAGAGUUGGAGAUAUGCAUGUUAGGGCAUUCUUUAACGCCGACCCCAAAUCGGACAUCGUAUCCGUCCACGGACAAGUGGGGACCUGUCCGUAGAAACGGGUGCGGGAGCCAGUCAUCCAAAGCUAACCGUGAACAUUCAUCUUUUUAUUUUUAAGUCUACAAGCUCAAAAUGACCGCAUAUCAGAUCGUAGUUUAUCUAGAAAUGUUCAAGUGUGGCAGUAGUUCUAGUUUAAAUAUUAUAAUUCAACAAAGUUUUUAAAUUAAAGUAGUUCAAACUUGAAUUUAACUAGCACAUAUGUACUAGAUGCCCCCUUUAACCGCCCAGAUGCCCAAUCAAAUCUUUCUUCAGUUGCUCGUGAAUUGCUCGAUGCCGAAUUUACUGAUGCAUUUAAAAAAGCUCAUCAAAUGUGUCCGGAUUCUGCUCUGAAAGUUCGAUACAAUCACCCAUGUUUUCAAAUUCAAGAGUUGUGUCAGCACCCUCACCCUCAUCCUUCAUGAUCAUGUC